UUUCUUUGUGUAGCUGAAGCUCUAGAAAUGACUUAUUUUCCUUUCCUCCGUUAAAAUGAAAAAUCACAUCUCUUUUCCUUUCUCUCGCUAGAAAAGGGCCGUAGAGUGGGUGUAAGAAGGAGCUGCAGAUAAGGGAGGGGCGGAAAGGGCUGUGGCGUAGAGGGCCGGGAGGGAUGCUGGGAGCUUUGACUCACUGAAACACCAUGUGUUCCUCCGCGCACAGCACGGGGGACUUUUCGGUGGGGAUUUUGGGCGCCGACCAGACGCGGCAUUUUCGGAAAAUAGCGCCCUGUGCAGCUGAAGCGCUUUGUGUGUAGCGGGGCCGCGUUAACCCGGCCGGGUACGAGGCUCCUCGGGUCCCUGCAUCACCUCCUGCUGCUCCCCGGUCUCCCCUUCCGAAGCUUUUCCAGAUGUCCCUGGUAGAUUUGGGAAAGAAGCUUUUAGAAGCCGCACGAGCUGGUCAAGAUGAUGAAGUUCGUAUUUUGAUGGCAAAUGGAGCUCCUUUCACUACAGACUGGCUGGGAACUUCUCCACUUCAUCUAGCAGCACAGUACGGCCAUUAUUCCACCACAGAAGUGCUACUCCGAGCUGGUGUAAGUAGGGAUGCCAGAACCAAAGUGGACCGGACACCAUUACAUAUGGCAGCUUCUGAGGGCCAUGCCAGAAUAGUAGAGGUUUUACUUAAGCAUGGUGCUGAUGUCAAUGCAAAAGACAUGCUAAAGAUGACAGCUCUACAUUGGGCCACGGAACACAAUCAUCAAGAAGUGGUAGAACUUUUAAUCAAAUACGGUGCUGAUGUACACUCACAAAGUAAAUUUUGUAAAACUGCCUUUGAUAUAUCAAUAGACAAUGGGAAUGAAGAUUUAGCAGAGAUAUUACAGAUUGCAAUGCAGAACCAAAUCAACACAAACCCAGAGAGUCCUGACACUGUGACAAUACAUGCUGCAACACCACAGUUCAUCAUUGGACCUGGAGGGGUGGUGAACCUAACAGGUCUGGUAUCUUCAGAAAAUCCAUCCAAGGCCACAGAUGAAACGGGUGUAUCUGCUGUUCAGUUUGGAAACUCUUCUACAUCAGUAUUAGCUACAUUAGCUGCCUUAGCUGAAGCAUCUGCUCCAUUAUCUAAUUCUUCAGAAACUCCAGUAGUGGCCACGGAAGAAGUAGUCACAGCAGAAUCUGUGGAUGGUGCAAUUCAACAAGUAGUUAGUUCAGGAGGUCAGCAAGUCAUCACAAUAGUAACAGAUGGAAUUCAGCUUGGAAAUUUGCACUCAAUUCCGACCAGUGGAAUAGGUCAGCCCAUCAUUGUGACCAUGCCAGAUGGACAACAAGUAUUAACAGUACCAGCAACAGACAUUGCUGAAGAAACUGUUAUAAGUGAAGAACCACCAGCUAAGAGACAAUGUAUCGAAAUAAUUGAAAACCGGGUGGAAUCUGCAGAAAUAGAAGAGAGAGAAGCUCUUCAGAAACAGCUGGAUGAAGCCAAUCGAGAAGCACAAAAAUAUCGACAACAGCUUCUAAAGAAGGAACAGGAAGCAGAAGCUUACAGACAGAAAUUAGAAGCAAUGACUCGCCUUCAGACUAAUAAAGAAGCUGUUUAAUUACAUUGAACAUGUAGUUUGAUUGUACUUUUGGUCAAGAAGGAAUACAAUCUUGAACUGUACACAAUACACGUACAGUCAUGGGAAUACAGGAUAAUAGAAGAGACUACAGAUUGAUAAUUGGACUAAAGCCAUGAGCUCUGAAGUCUUGUAACAUAAAAAGUUGUGAAGUGUAUUUAAAACAGAAUUCUGUAAAUAGUUUUUUUUACAGUUCCAAAUGGGUUGAUAAAGAUUGUUGAAGAGAUCAAAAAAAUACAAUAAGCUACUGUUUUUGUGAAUUCUUUUUGAUUUUAGUAUGAACCUUAAUUUCUCAGAAACAGAACAGUUUUAAGGGUGAUCUUUGUUGAGUAGACCAAAUGUUGUGUAUAAUUAAUUAUGUGUUGGACUGAUGCUGGAAUUAUUCCUGUAGGUAUAAUCCUUUGUAUGAAGAGAAGAUUUCUCCCAGGAAAUCUUUGUACAGCUUUAUGUUGUCUCAGAUUCUCUGAAAACAUUUUUUAGAAAGCAGAAUUUUUAUAUUUGCCAAUUUCAGCUAUAUCCAAGUAGAUUUACAUGUAUAUGAAGCAAAUAUUUUUUAAACUUUCUGUUUGUACAUAUUUUGCAUGUUUUCUAAUUUCAAAAUGCAUCACUCGCAUCGGUGUUUUUCCCAUGAAGAUGAUGAAAGUUACUGGGGAAAAAGAAAACCUUUUACAGGCCAUUGAGAUUAAGUAAGCUAGGAUCUGGUUUUAUUUGAAUGACAAUGUUCUUGGAAGGAGCAGCUUACAAGAGAAAUUGCAUUUGCAGGCUGGGGAAUCUGUUUUUAUUUUUUUCCCAAGUUCAUAGUGGGGAUGUGAACCUGAAUUUUGUGCCUUCCAUCAUGAUAUAUGAAAGCACUUUAAGGCACUAGAUUUUAAGAUAAUGUUUUUGGGAAAUUCAAUGCAUAUGAGCUUCGUAAAUACUUCAUGAACUCCUUCUCCUUAGGAAAGGACAGCAGCUUCCCUUAGAAAAUUAUUCUUAUGGAAAAAAAAUUGCUUUUGUAUGUAGAACAAAGAACUUUUUGUACUACAGUGAUGCCACAGAUGUAUCUAACAUAGCUUUUACUUUUCCCCGUGAAAGUGGUAUGUCUAUUCUGUGAGUCACUCUCAUCACAAGAUUGUGAAAUUCCAUGAGGUAUGGACAUUAAACUCUGACAUACUAUUUGUUUUUUUUUUAAACAUAACUUCAGGCCCCUUUUUCUUGCUUUAUUAUUAUUAUUAUUUUUAAGUGUUUUAUUGCUUUAUGAAAAUGUUUAGCCCUAAAACCCCUCUAGAUGAUCUAUACUGUAUAAAGAAAGAAUUACCCUUAAAACUGUACUCUGGCCUACUUUUCUAUUUUACAAUUAAAUAUCUUUUCCACAUAUGUUUAAUGUAGACUUCUAUUUUUUUAUCACAUCUGAAUCAUACAUUAAAAAUUUUAUUCU